CGUGUCACGGGGUGGGGCCUGGUUUUUCCGAAAAACCGACCAUGCGGACGAGCUUUCAUAGGUAGCCAGACAGAAGCCGACAGCUUUGCCAGUGCAGGGAAAAGUCACCGCCGCCGCAGUUAGUGUAAUUUUUAGGGCAAGCAUUUGUGCUUUUAGGAUAAGUUUGGGGCUAACUUUGGGGAGCGCACGAUGGCGGAGAAGCUAGAUAUGGAGGACGGGAAGGUGUCCAACGGCGAGGCGAACCUCGAUGAACCCAGCGGGCUGACCAGCCCCGAGGACAGCAGUCCGAAGCCGCUGUCCCAGCGGGUGAAGAGGAUAGUGCGGGCCAACUUGCUGGUGAUCCUCACCGUGGCCGGGGUCAUCGUCGGUGUUUUUAUCGGACUCGGUUUGCGCAACGUGGCUCUGACCAGGACCCAGGUCAUCUACAUAGGCUACCCCGGUGAGCUGCUGAUCCGGCUGCUGAAGAUGAUCAUCAUACCCCUGGUCGUGUGCAGCCUAGUGUCCGGGGCGGCCAGCAUCGACCCCAAAGCCCUGGGCAAACUCGGCGGAUGGGCAAUGCUGUUCUUCCUCGUCACCACUUUGAUCGCCUCCUCCAUUGGAGUCGUGAUGGCUUUCAUCCUAACCCCCGGUUCGGUGACAGUCGGGAAACCCAAGAUACAAGGAUUGGACGGCGACGUGCCUGCCUCUAAAGAAGUGAUAGACUCCUUCUUAGAUCUGAUCAGAAACAUCUUUCCUUCCAAUCUGGUGUCUGCUGCCUUUCAGUCAUAUUCAACCAGCUACAAGCUGAUUACAAAGAACGGCACAGAUGGAAACCCCAACCUCACAGUGGAGAAGGUGCCCUUUGGAAAGGACCAGGAUGGCAUGAAUAUUCUUGGUCUGGUAGUGUUUGCCAUUGUGUUUGGUGUGGCUUUAAGGAAGCUGGAAGAGGAAGGAGAGAUCCUCAUCAAGUUCUUUAACUCCUUCAACGAGGCCACCAUGGUGCUGGUCUCCUGGAUCAUGUGGUAUGCCCCUCUGGGUAUCAUGUUCCUUGUAGCUGGCAAGAUCGUUGAGAUGGAGGACGUUGGCACACUGUUCGCCAGUCUGGGAAAAUAUAUAGCCUGCUGUAUCAUCGGACAUGCCAUCCACGGCCUUCUUGUGCUGCCCGCCAUCUACUUCAUCAUUACAAGGAAGAACCCAUACACCUUCCUCUGGGGGAUAUUCACAGCCCUGGCAACAGCCUUCGGAACAAGCUCCAGCUCGGCCACCCUGCCCCUGAUGAUGAAGUGUGUCGAGGAAAAUAACGGCGUAUCCAAGCACAUUAGCCGUUUUAUUCUGCCCAUCGGAGCAACAGUCAACAUGGACGGAGCUGCUCUCUUCCAGUGUGUGGCUGCAGUUUUCAUCGCUCAGCUGAACAACUCUUCCCUUAACUUCAUCCAAGUCAUAACCAUCCUUGUGACAGCUACAGCAUCCAGUGUUGGAGCAGCAGGUAUACCUGCCGGUGGUGUGUUGACCCUAGCUAUCAUCCUGGAGGCAGUAGGACUGCCCACCAAUGACAUCUCUCUAAUCCUGGCCGUUGACUGGCUUGUUGACCGUACCUGCACAGUGCUGAAUGUAGAGGGCGAUGCAUUCGGAGCUGGGCUCUUGCAGUUCUUUGUUGACCGUACAUCCAAACAAGAGGAAGGAGCAGAGCUGAGCGAGGUCAGGCUGGAGGGGGACCCAUCAACUGCUGCGCCCGAGCACUCGCCUCUCAUUGAGAAGGGGGGUGGGAGGGACAGUGCAAAGACAGCACUGUCCAGUGAAAAAGAGUCUGUCAUGUAAACCAGUUGCUGACAGCAUCAAGAAAGAACCCUCUUCUCUUAUUUGACACUCCUUCAAGCUGAAAUCUGAAGGUCAAGCCCCCUUUUUCUUUUUUUUUUUUUUUUUCUUUUUUUUUCCUGCCCUGCACAGAAAACCCUCUGUCCUCAACAUUUUUCAGUAUGGUACAUUGGUCUUGCUGCUAUUUUGACUCAAAUUGAUGUUGCAUUUGGUCAGUCCUAGUCAAUUUUAAAGUCAGAAUUUUAUCAUGUAACAAGUGCGUAUCUACCAGUUGUUCAUCAGUCAUUUGUGAAUUUAUAAUGUGACCAAUAUAUACGUCCACUGGGAUGUCAAGAGGCUAAACCAGUGACCCACUGCAAGAUGUAGUAAGUAACGCCAGAUCUAAUGUGACAUUUCUUAUAUUUGUAACAUUCAUUUAUGAUGUUGAAAUGGAAGUUACAUGGAUUCCUUUACCUAUUGGUAAUUGGUAUUGAACCUGCAUUUAGCAAACCACUGGUAUUCACCUUUUUGAUCACAACGUACUGGCGGAAAACAUGAAAAUUUCUGACUUUAAAAGUUGACUGAAUUAGCAAGACAGUUUUCAUAUUCUCCAUCUGGAAUUCAUUACCUACAAAAUGUUUUUAUUAAGGUCAGCAUUUAAAGAAUGUGUGGGUGUGUGUGCGCACGCACGUGUGCAUGUAUGUGUCAGAUUUCAAUCUUCCCAUACAGGAAAAUAACCAAUAAGAAUCAAAUAUAUUGUAAACUGUAUCAUUAUAUGCUUCAAAUAUAAACAUACAUUGUCUAUUUUAUUAUACAUGAUUAUGGCCACUUUCAUGCAGACUUCAACUAAUGUGUAUAUAUAUUAUUUGUUCAGUGUAACUGUAUUGUACACUAAUUUAACUACAGGCCAUAUAGUCUGCAUGGAUAUGGCUGAUAAUGUAUGAUAAAAUGCACAAAAAUUUGAUGUUUGUAGUUUUGAGUUAGGGCUGAAGGCUUUUAUUAAUCUCUUAUUGUGUCUUUGGUUAUGCCAGGUCAAUGGUUCUCUUAUAUACAAUUAAUUUCUCAUGGAGAGAAAAAGCAAUACACCUGUAAAACCUGUACUCGAGAUUAUAUUUAUAUUCUGGACCCACAUUCUUAAGAAAAUAAAAUCCUCAAUAACGUCCUGAAGCUGAAUGCAGGAACUUUUUCUCAAUGGCUCACAAUAUGUCAACAUGCAUGGACACAUACAGAUUGACCUGCCUCCUCAGAUGGACAUCAGUGCAAUGGCAGGCAACAUAACCUCAGGUUUACCUUUUGCUUGAAGACUGUCCUAGGACUGCUCCUUAAUACCUUGAGACCAAAAAUUACACCGACUCAGCAAACAGGAAGGAGGCUGUUGAACUCCUGAUGACACUGAAUGACAUUUCGAGGGAGAUGUGCUUUUUUUUUUUUUUUUAUACAGGCCCACAUCUUACCCAUGCUGUCGCUCUGUGUAGGUCUCGGCAGCUUAACAAGGCACAAAUGGGUUUUAAAGAACAGUGUGUGACAAGAAUGACUAUUGACUGAUGUUGUGAAAGAUGUGAUGUGACUACAUUUGGUUUUUGAGUAACAAAAUCCCUUCCACUACAAGUAUGUCUCUACAUUGUCAUAGUGGCAGCAGUGGAAUGUCGGUUAGUUUUGACUGAUGAGACCUCAACAGGUGAGGUAUUUAAAUGAAAGGAUAAAAUAUGUCUCAGCUUAAACCGAUUUAUGUUUUGGCUGUAAGGGCCAUGAACAUGGAAUACUACUUAUAUGGGCUUUAGGCCUCUUUGUAUGUUUGAUAAUUAUUUGUUAUAAUUCAUAUUUAUUUCUCUAAUCAAACUCCAAAGAAUUUUUAGCCAAUGUUUUGACAUGUUCAUUACUCUAAAAUGGCUUUUUUGCCAGCUUCAAGUCCUCUUAAAAUAACCGGUUGGCGGUCUUUUAUUUUUAUUUUAUUUUUUUUUUCUUCUCGAUGUUCAUUUUUCCUUGGUCUUAUUUUCAACUUGCGGGCAAGAGUCUAGACUGUGUGUGUACAAGGUGCUUCCAUUUGGUGAUUUCUCUUUUUGCAGUUUGGCAGUGGGCAUAUAAGAAAGUUCAAGACCUGAGACUUUGGAGUAUGUGUGGUGUUGCAGUGAGGAGUUGUAUUUGUUGCACCCCAGAGUGAUACUAGUUUCAAUUGAAUAACCAUAAACUUGCACUAUUAAAUGUUCAUCUCUUCCAUCCAUAUCAUCUUUAAGUGUUUAGAACUAUACCAGAUGACUAGGGUAUAUGUGACUAAUGUUAUAUACAAAGUUAAUGAGGAAUAUAAUUUCAGUGGGUAUUUUUAUCAUCUUUAUAUUGUACUAGUUUUGCAGUGUUUUCCGUAACAGUCAUCUAUGAAAUCAUUGCAGGCCUGAGUUCUCAUUAUCUCUGAAGUCUUAUGUGUCAUGAGUACUAAAAAGCAUUGCCUUAGAACAGCUGUUGUGCUCCAGCUUCUACUUUAUGCUGUUUUGGUGCAGGGUUGUAAAGAUGUUAUCAUUCCAAGAUAUUUCACCAUAUGGAUGUCUCUGAUUUGUGUGUCUGAUUUAAUCUGUGUGUGUGUGUGUGUGUGUGUGUGUGUGUGUGUGCGCGUGGAUGGUACUUGGAUGGUAGUUGUAAUGAUUUUAUCAUGGUGGGGCUGUAUUGAAGAAGUUUCCCAGUUACAAUCUGAAUGUAUAGGUUUUAAACAAUAGAGGGUUUUUUUUUUUAAUUAUUAGGCUCUGUAUUUUAAUUACUUAAUUACCUUACUCACUGCAGUGACUAGUAGCAAACACUGCAUUCACCAAGUUGAAAAACAAUACAUGGCUACAUGAGAACUCCGUAACUGUACUACUGUCAGUCACCUCCAGAUGCCACUCUGCGGUAGACAGACAUAUUUAAGACAUAUUUAAAAUGCAGAGAUCCUUUGUUUUUACAUUCAAAAAUAACCACACAUAGCCUCUCAGUGGGACAGAUGUAUGUCUAAUUACCAGGCCGUAUAUGAACAGUGUUGCUUAUCCAUUGGAAAGUAAGAAUGUAAACAUACUUUGAGAAAUUCAUUAACUUCAUAAUCAACAGGUGAAAGGCAGCUAUUGUCAAAUUCAGUAACUUCUGCUUGAGUAGGGUGUGACGAACAAGCAAGCUGCAUUCCUGUGAUGUGACAUUCCUGUUUGUACAGUCAGUGCUGUUGACAAUAGGCUGAACCAGUGCAAAGAAAGUUGGGAAGGCCAUAGAAUAAUUAGAUGUGCUGUGCCACCUAGUGUUCAAGAAGAAGUGCAGCAGCUACAGUACAUUUUCUGUUUUUACAACGGAUUUGCCAACAGUCUACAAAACAAAUAAAUAAAAUAAAGACAUGAAAACUGUUCCAAUUCCUUUAUUUUACCAGGACAUGAAAUGGAGUGACACCUUGAUACAUCACACACAAGUAAGAACACUACAGGAAGAGCUGUUUUUUUUUCUUUUUUUCUCCUUCCCUUUUAAAAUGUUUUGAGUAAUCUACCAACUUCAAAUUCCAUAUCAGUCAAUACAUAAUGGGUGCUCAGUAGUAACAUACAUAACUGAGCAUAGAGGUAAUACUCAUUUACAAAUUCAGUCAUAGUUUGAUGUUUUAAAGCCUGAUAGAGCAACAUUUCAUCCUCACCAUAUGCAAAUAAUAACAGGAUGAACUUCAUGUCACCACUCUGAAAAUUACUCACCACACUAUAGUUGUCUGUGAUCAAAUGGCAUCUCUAUACAUAAUGUUCAUUCAUUAACUGUGCAAAACUGAAGAUUGAAAGAAUCAAUAAAUGUAUAAAAC